AAUUGGCCAAGACGUUGUUUGCCACCAUAAAACGCAAAGAAGAGAAACUACUUCUCACCCUCUCUUGGACUCUGAGCCCUUAUACAGCAGCUGUCGUGUUCAACAGCUCGGGAAGUAUUGUAACCUUUUCUUUCAGGACAGGAGAUGGCCCUCAAACUUGUGUCCUCCAACAAAUGCGCUGGAGGGUUCCAGAAGGUUUUUGAACAUGACAGCUCUGAGCUGAAGUGCAAGAUGAAGUUUGCUGUUUACCUGCCCCCUAAAGCUGAGACAGACAAGUGUCCAGUCAUGUACUGGCUCUCAGGUCUGACAUGUACGGAGCAGAACUUCAUUACCAAAGCUGGAUACCAGUUGGCUGCUGCAGAGACUGGCAUCAUUGUGGUAGCACCAGACACCAGCCCACGUGGUUGCAACAUCACAGGCGAGGAUGAUGGCUGGGACUUUGGAACAGGCGCAGGUUUUUAUGUUGAUGCUACCCAAGAGCCAUGGAAGACCAACUACCGCAUGUACUCUUAUGUUACAGAGGAGCUGCCCAAACUAAUUAAUGACCACUUUCCCACGGACCCAGACAGAAUGUCCAUCUCUGGUCACUCGAUGGGUGGCCAUGGAGCACUCAUCUGUGCGCUGAAGAACCCUGGGAAGUACAAGGCUGUCUCUGCCUUUGCCCCGAUAUGCAACCCCAUACAGUGUCCCUGGGGACAGAAGGCGUUUUCUGGAUAUCUGGGAGACGACCGUGCUGUGUGGGAGGCAUAUGAUGCCACUGUGCUGGCAGCAGCGUAUUCGGGUCCUCGGCUGGAUAUCCUGAUAGACCAGGGUCAAGAUGAUCAGUUCCUGUUGGCCAGUCAGCUGCUCCCGGAUAACUUCAUUGCUGUCUGCUCUGAGAAGAAGAUCCCAGUGGUUUUCAGGCUGCAACCGGGCUACGACCACAGCUACUUCUUCAUCUAUUCCUUCAUCAACGACCAUAUCAAGCACCAUGCUAAUGUCCUCAAUGCCUAAGUGGCAACAUGACGUAUUGAAUUUGAAUUUUAUAUUCACACGAUUAAUAUCUUUUAACCAACGACUGUGCUCCUCUUUCUGAAGUUAAGGAGCACACAUAUCAUUGUUGCAGUUCCUGAGGCACUGUCAUGCAAUACUGAAUAAACCUGGCUGAGUU